UGAAAUGACACAAUCAUUUACAUGUUUUACUCAAAUAGCCUAGUGACAUUCUGAUAUAUAACGUGGAUGGUAGUUUGUUGUUUGUAAUCCAAGUUUGGGACUUCAAUAAGGGAAUCUAUAGUUGCCACAUCAGUAGAUGCCUAUUAUAAAGGAACAUGUUUUUGAUGUUUGGACUUCUGCUUAUGUCAGCAGAAUCCUCUUAUGGCAUGGUGACCUCCUGUAAUGUUACACAGAACAUGUCGUGUUACGGAGCUCUGGGAGGAACUGUCUAUCUCCAGCUGAUGAAUGAUGCCACAGGAUCCGAACUCACAUUCAUAAAAGACCCCACUGGUGCGAGAACAGUGAUAUUCAAAAUAAAACAAAACAAAAUUGUCCAUGAAUUCAUUCAAGCCAGAACAGAGUUCUUUAUCAAUAAUGGAACAUUAAAAAUAAAUAACACAGAGAGGAGUGAUUCUGCUGAUUAUUCUUUUGAAAUCUUCAAGUCAGAUGGACUUUACUUGGACACGAGAGUAGUACAACUGAUAAUUGGAGGAGGAUCUUAUGGCACUACCAGAGGGUCACUAGUAGCUGUGGUCCUGGUCCUUGCAGUGGUGGUGGGAGCUUACUGUAUUCGCAAAAGGAGGAACCCUCCACAGGCAUCAGAUGCUGUUGAGAGUCCAGAACUGGAAUGUGAUGACAUCACGAUUCUAAAGAAGAGGGAGAAACAGAGAGAGGUUCCAGAGGAGGUGGUGUAUGGACAGAUUGUAGUGCUGGAGGGUGCCAGACCAAACACGGAGAGAGACAGACCUGAGGGGCAGGAGGAGACUUUGUAUGCUGGUAUACAGCUUGGCCAAUGAGAGCUGCAUGUUUGAAGGGUUGGUCUUUAGAAGUGGUACUGAAGCCUUGUUUCUCCAUUUGUUACUGUAACAAAUUGGAUGAACUUUCCCAUAUGACUGUUUAUAUUUCAUGGCAUUCAAUGCUGAGGGUUCUGUACAUUGUUUACCUAAAUAAAUAUCCCAACAAAUGGACUGUC